UGGGAAAUGUAGUUCCUCGGUGACCAAGCGCUCUUCCCUCUCAGGCCCCGGCGGUGAGAUAAUGGGGGCGAACGGGCAGCGCACGAAUGUCCGUUCCUAACUGCCCUUCCGGAAGCGUAAUCUGGCCCGGGAGUCUUCUGGAGACGCGCCUGGGUUCCCGGUGGGCCGCGAAUGUGGUGUGCAUUUUAGGCCUCACCGGGUGAGAAGGUAGACUGGGAAGAAGGCGGCGGAGGCGGACGAGACCAAAUGCCAGUCUAGAGCAGGGAGCAGGCCAAGGAGAGGGAUGAAUCCAGGUGGAGAGAGUGUGUUAGCAAGUGUUAUGCCAUGCUUUUGCCAUGUUUCUGAUUAAAGAUUGACGUUCCUGCAUAAGUAUUUCUCUGCAAAAAUGUCCUUGCCUCUCACUGAGGAGCAGAGGAAGAAGAUUGAAGAAAAUCGACAAAAGGCUCUGGCUCGUAGAGCUGAGAAAUUAUUAGAACAGCACCAGCGUGCAGGCUUGAGCUCCUCCAUUGCUGCCCACCCAUCCCAGUCCAAGCACAACCCUUCCCCAAAUCUCCCCAGGGAUCCUUCUAAGCCAGUGAGCCAUGGUGUCAGUUUUGAGCAACAAAAUCCUAGUAGUUCAUCUAAUGGUGACCAAAGACCUCAUAAUCCCCACAGUUUUCAUCUUAGCACUCCAGAUCAGGCAAAGGGGACAUGGAAGUGGCAAGAAGUGAUGUCCACAGCCUACCCUCACCAAAGCCCACCAAGUCAAAAGACUCUCACUGGGAUCUCCCCUCCCUUGGCACAAAGUCCUCCAGAGGUUUCCAAUGAGUGGCUUUUGGGUCCUGGGUUAGGUCAAGGUCAUCCUCAGGCUUCACAUGGGACCAAAUCGACACCCUUUGCUAACACAACUCAUGAGCCUUUGGCCAAAGGAGAGAGUUCUCAGGAUACACCAACUAUCUCUGGACAGACUCCCAAGGAUCCUAAAUUGGAGGCCACGCCAGCAAGACCCUUGUCCACCUUAGGGCAGAACGUUUCCAAUGUCCUCUGUGGCUCAGGGAGUGUGAUGCCCAGGACAGAGGGAAAACUCCAACAGAAAUCGCAGGCUUCACUCCCUAAAACAGUAAGCUCACAGGAGGGAAAAUGCAUAAGGAAUGGAGACCGCUUCCAGGUGAAGAUUGGGUACAAUGCAGAGCUCAUUGCUGUGUUUAAGCGUCUGCCCAGCAGAAGUUUUGAUCCUGACACCAAGACAUGGAACUUCAGCAUGACUGACUACAAUGCCCUAAUGAAAGCAGCCCAGCACCUCUCCACAGUCACCUUGCAGCCUUUGGAAGAGGCCAGCGGUGUGUCACAGACCAGCCUUCCUUCAGCUCCCUCCCUUGCCUUUGUCAAAGGGCAGUGCGUGCUCAUCUCCCGGGCCCGCUUCGAAGCAGACAUUGGCUAUUCAGAAGUGUUGAUGGCACUGUUUAAACAGAUGGAUUCCAGAAAUUACGAUGUCAAGACCAGGAAGUGGAACUUUCUCUUGGAAGAGCACAAUAAACUAAUUGAAAGGGUACGCUGCCUUCCACAAGUUCAGCUGAAUCCUCUGCCCAAGACACUCACCCUGGCUUUCGCUUCUCAGCUGGAGAAGACGUCUCUCUGUCCCACGGCAGACAUCCCUGAGGCAGACCUCUCCAGAGUGGACCCCAAGCUCGUGUCUAGCCUGCUGCCCUUUCAGAGAGCUGGAGUCAAUUUUGCCAUAGCGAAAGGAGGCCGCCUGCUACUUGCCGAUGACAUGGGCCUGGGAAAGACCAUCCAAGCCAUCUGUAUCGCCGCCUUCUACCGGAAGGAGUGGCCGCUCCUGGUGGUGGUGCCGUCAUCCGUGCGCUUCACCUGGGAGCAGGCCUUCCUUCAGUGGCUGCCAUCUCUUAGCCCAGAGAACAUCAAUGUCGUCGUGACGGGCAAAGACCGCCUGACAGCUGGCUUGGUCAACAUUGUCAGUUUUGACCUUCUGAGCAAGUUGGAAAAACAACUGAAAACCCAUUUUAAAGUUGUCAUCAUUGAUGAAUCUCACUUCCUCAAAAACAUUAAGACCGCCCGCUGCCGUGCAGCUGUGCCCCUCCUCAAGAUUGCCAAGCGAGUGAUCCUACUGUCGGGCACACCAGCCAUGUCACGGCCUGCCGAGCUCUACACGCAGAUCAUUGCGGUCAAGCCAACGUUCUUCCCUCAGUUUCAUGCCUUUGGACUUCGCUACUGUGAUGCCAAGCGGCAUGCCUGGGGAUGGGAUUAUUCGGGCUCCUCCAACCUGGGAGAGCUGAAGCUCCUUCUGGAGGAGGCGGUCAUGCUGCGACGCCUCAAAUCUGACGUCCUUGCCCAGCUCCCAGCCAAACAGCGCAAGAUGGUGGUGUUUGCCCCAGGUCAGAUCAAUGCCAAGGCCAGAACGUCCCUGGAUGCCGCCGCCGAGGAAAUGACCACCAAGGGCAAAUCUAAAGGACAGCAGAGAGAAGCCCUCAUUCUCUUCUUCAACAGAACAGCCGAAGCUAAAAUCCCAUCUAUCAUUGAAUAUAUCCUGGACCUGCUGGAAAGUGGAAGAGAGAAGUUUCUGGUGUUUGCACACCAUAAGGUGGUUCUAGAUGCAAUUACUAAAGUGCUUGAGAAAAAGCAGGUGCAGCACAUCCGCAUCGAUGGCUCCACCUCCUCUGCAGAUCGGGAGGACCUGUGCCAGCAGUUCCAGCUGUCCGAGAGACAUGCUGUGGCCGUGCUGUCCAUCACCGCCGCCAACAUGGGCCUCACCUUCUCCUCCGCUGACCUGGUGGUGUUCGCUGAGCUGUUCUGGAACCCAGGGGUGCUGAUGCAGGCUGAGGACCGGGUGCAUCGCAUUGGACAGUCAAGCUCCGUGGGCAUCCACUACCUCGUAGCGAGAGGCACAGCCGAUGACUACCUUUGGCCCCUGAUUCAAGAGAAGAUUAAAGUUCUGGGUGAAGCUGGGGUUUCUGAGGCCAAUUUUUCAGAAAUGACAGAAGACACUGAUUACAUCUACAAGGACCCAAAGCAGCAGAACAUCUAUGACCUAUUCCAGAAGUCCUUUGAGGAAGAUGGAAGCGAUAAGGAACUCCUGGAAGCAGCGGAGUCCUUCGACCCUGGAAGUGCUUCAGGAACAUCUGGAACUAGUUCCCAGGACAUAGGAGACUUGCCGGAUGAAAGCACAUCGAUGGACAGUCCAGUGAAGAAAAGGAGAUUUGAAUUUUUUGAUAACUGGGACAGCUUUACCUCCCCCUUGUAAGAAGGGCAAAAAAAAACCUUUUAAAAUCAUGGAAUACAUUAAAGUAAGGCAUUUUGUUUUUAAA